CGUGUGUUUCGUUUUUAACGAUGCGAAGUAGUAGGUAGUUGUUUAUCUAAAAUUUGUGAAAGCGUAAAAUAAACGAAGAAUAUAAUUAAUAUGGGCGUAGAAAAACAGGAAACCCAUCGUCCAGGAGGAUUUAAACAAGUCAAUAAACCACAUAAAACUGGUAGACAUCGGAGUAAAGGUUCCAUUGGUCAUGAGGUUGGAGGUAGAAUAGGCGUCAAAGCAUUAACUAAACGCGCUCGCCAAGAAUUGGGUAAAGAAGCAAGAAGACAUCAAUCUCAACAACUUCGACAGAAGAAACGAGAAGCAGUCUUAGCUAAGAAACGUAAUCUUGGAGGAUCUUCUAGCGCACCAAUCCUUGUUGCUGUAAUUCCGUUGCAUGAGGAUUUAAAUCCAAAAGAUAUCGUUAACUGCAUGAAACAUGCAGACGAGUCAGCAAUAGUAACAGUUAGUCCAAAUGACAACACUCAUAUUAGCUUGCCCCGGUACAAACAGCGGUUUACCUUUGUUACUCCACCAGUUGGCAACACGUUUGCAACAUUAGAUGCAGCCAAAGUUGCUAAUACCGUGCUUUUUGUUGUUUCGGCAACUACCGGACACUCGACUGAUUCCAAAACUGAUAUCGUUGACUCAUGGGGUGAAGAAAUUAUCGUUGCUUGUCUUGCUCAAGGCUUGCCUAGUACCAUAAUCGGAUUAAUUAAUUUAGAAGAUAUACCUAUAAAGAAGCGACAGGACUAUAAGCAGCAAGCACAGAAGACGAUUUCAAAGUGGCUUCCACAAGAAAAAGUGCACUCACUGGAUAAACCCACUGAUACACUGAAUAUCUUGCGCAGAGCCGGAUCACAGAAGCAGAGAAAUGUGGCGUAUAGAAACAAGCGAGCCCAUCUGCUGGCGGAACAGAUUAAAUAUACAUGCAACAGUGAUGCUGAAAACUAUGUGGGGACUUUGGAAGUAUCGGGUUAUCUGCGUGGUAUACCUUUAUCCGUAAAUGGAUUAGUUCAUGUACCUGGUCUAGGUGAUUUUCAAAUGUCGCAAAUUGAUGCCCCAGAAGAUCCUCAUCCUCUGGAAAAACGGGAACUGAAAGGACGAUCUACAGUGCAGGAAGAUUCCAUGGAAUCGGAAGUUCCUACAAAAGUUCUGGAACGUGCUGAUCCCAGUAAACAGGAAUCUCUCCAAAGUGAAAAUGUCAUUGACCCAAUGGACGCGGAACAAACUUGGCCUACGGAGGAAGAAUUGGCGGAAGCGGAGAUGGAACGCAAACGAAAACUGAUAAAACGCGUGCCGAAAGGCACAUCCGAGUAUCAAGCGGCUUGGAUUCCUGAUGACGAUGCUGAUGAAUUUGACAAUUCUGCAUCCGAAUCCGAGGACGACUGUAUGUCAGUAGAAGCAGCACAAUCCGAAGAAGAUAGUGUCGCUAAUGACGACAAAGAUGAAGAGUAUGAAACGAUGACCGUAUCAGAGGCUGCACCGGAUGAACAACGUUACGACGAAGAAAUGGAUUUACACGAAGAACGUCAGGCCAUGGAAAAAAUAAAGCAGGCAAAAUUAGACGCAGAAUUUCCUGACGAAAUCGACACACCUCAGGAUGUCUUGGCCAAAGUCCGAUUCCAGAAGUAUCGAGGUCUGGAGUCUUUCAAAACCAGUCCUUGGGACCCCAAAGAAAAUCUCCCAAUUGAUUAUGCUCGGAUAUUUCAGUUUCAAAACUUUGAUCGCACCCGCAGACGUAUAUUCAAAGAACAGCAAGAUGUGGAAGGAGCAAUGCCCGGUUGGUACGUGACUCUUCACAUAAUUGGCGUCAAAAAAGAACUGUUCGAUGCUUAUCGUACAGCCGAAGAUCUGCCUUUAGUUGUUUUUGGAUUAUUACCACACGAAAACAAGAUGUCCGUAUUGAACGCAGUCCUGAAACGCACGAGUAAUAACGCAGAGCCAAUAAAAUCGAAAGAACGAUUAAUCUUUCAGUGCGGUUUCAGAAGGUUGUCUUCGUGUCCGAUUUUCAGCCAACAUACGAAUGGGAAUAAACAUAAGUAUGAAAGGUAUUUCCAGCCAGAGAGUACAGUCGUGGCGAGUAUGUUUGCGCCAAUUAUGUUCCCGCCGUGUCCUGUUCUCUGCUACACGACGAAAAUGGAAUUAAUAGCCAUUGGAAGUGUAUUGUCCGCCAAUCCAGACAGAAUAGUCAUCAAGCGAGUCGCUCUAAGUGGGCAUCCCUUCAAGGUGCACAAACGAUCGGCGGUGAUACGAUUUAUGUUCUACAAUCGAGAUGACAUAAAUUGGUUCAAGCCUGUGGAGCUGCACACCAAGUACGGACGCAGAGGCCACAUUAGGGAACCCCUGGGCACCCACGGACACAUGAAAUGCGUAUUCGAUGGCCAGCUGAAAUCGCAGGACACCGUGCUAAUGAAUUUAUACAAGCGAGUUUUUCCUAAGUGGACAUAUGAGCCUUUUCUAUUUACUGAUGAAAUGUACCAGUCGAACGAUGUAAAUAUACAGUAAAGUUACAAAGGCAGUAAAACCAUAUUGUCCAUCGCAAUAUGGUAUUUUACAUUUUCCCAUAUAAAUACGGAUGCAUUUAAAACACUUGCUCGUUGAUACUGAGAGCUACAGGUACUGGAUCGUUGAAAUACUCUUUUUAUAGUAAAUUAAUUUUGUUAUUUGAUAUAGAAACAUUUAUUCUACAGUUAACCGAUCCAAGUAGAAAAACAUUAAUUCAACGACCCAACACAUUCAUCUUACAUCAAAGUAUGAAUAAAAAGUCAUAUAUUAGGUUGUAAAACAGUGUAUUCUAAAGCCUUGUCACCAGUUAUCUAUACAUUGAGUACGAAUGUAAUUAUGAUAUAUAUACACGUCUUGGUCAGUGGCAAAAAUGAUAUAAAUGGAGGAAGAUGUAAGAAAAUUAUCUGACAGUUUUAGUACAGAUUUCAACACGCGCCGAUGCCGAUUCGACAAAAAUUGUAUAACGCGUUGGUACACUUCGAAGAAAAGUUUCAUGAACAA